UGAUAAUAGGUUUCAAAUACCAUAAGAAUUUGUUUCUGAUCGCAAAUACCUGUUCAGAUAAGAAUGAAUAUUUUCCGACUUGCUGGAGACCUGUCUCAUCUUGCCGCUAUAAUUGUUCUUCUACUUAAAAUAUGGAAAACACGCUCAUGUGCAGGUAUCUCUGGAAAAAGUCAAAUAUUGUUUGCAUUGGUUUUCACCACAAGAUACCUUGAUCUUUUUACCAACUUUAUCUCCCCAUACAACACAGUGAUGAAGAUGAUAUAUCUUGGAUGUGCUUAUGCAACUGUAUAUUUGAUAUACAUGAAGUUCAAAGCCACCUAUGAUGGAAACCAUGACACAUUUCGUGCUGAAUUCCUUGUUGUUCCUGUUGGCGGACUCGCCUUUUUGGUGAAUCAUGAGUUUUCUCCUUUAGAGAUCCUUUGGACAUUUAGCAUUUAUUUAGAAAGUGUUGCCAUCUUGCCACAGUUGUUUAUGAUCAGCAAAACUGGUGAAGCUGAAACUAUUACCACACACUACCUGUUUGCUCUCGGCAUGUACAGAGCUUUGUAUCUCAUCAACUGGAUCUGGAGAUAUUACUUUGAAAAUUUUUUCGAUUUGAUUGCUAUUGUCGCGGGAUGUGUACAAACAAUCUUAUACUGCGAUUUCUUUUACCUUUAUAUUACCAAAGUGUUGCAAGGAAAGAAGCUUAGCCUUCCUGCAUAAUUCCCUUGAUAUCCCAUGGCUUCUUUGAUCUGUGCCACACCAUUCAUCAACACUGGCUUAGUUUUGGGAGCCAGUUAUUUGGACUGAUCAAAAAUUGCUCAACCUAGUUUCUUCGAUUUAUCUGGGUGUUAAUAGUAGACUAUUGGAUAGAUAUCAACUUUGACAAAUGCAUGUAGUAUCAUUGUAUUAUCAUCAACGGCUCUUGCUAGAUGAAACAUAAAUUUGUUUUGGUUAUGUGUGUGCAAUUUAGAAAAGUGUUUUAAAAUAUUUUAUUUCUAUUUCAGUUCUGAAAUGCAAACCAAACAAUUUUUAAGUCUGUACAUCUGGAUGCCUCGUUUUAAAUGCGCCAUUAAAGUUGCUAAAACAUGUAACGUGUAUCCACAGCCUGAGCUCAUAAUCUGCUUUUCAAUAAACAUGCUGAUAUGCUUAAUCGAUUGAAAAUAUUUGGUGCCGUCAGCAUCUGAAUGACCUUGAUGUUGGCUGUUGAGCCUUUUGUAAAUAGAUUCCAAUAAAAUAUAAGAAUGUGCCAUACAUUACACGUAUGUAUGUGAAGCUUUUGCUGUUUCUAUCUGAAGACUACCGGGUGUAAAAUGAAUAGUUUGUCAUCUUUUGUGCCUUUGUUAAAUAAAACCAGCAAACAGAUUUGUU